AUGACGACUCCAUUGGUGGUGAUGUGGUCCCUAUUUUACCACCUCUCUGCUGUCACUCCUGCCAGCCUGAUCCCUGCUCCAGUAUGUUCUUUGCAGGGCAACUUUGAGCCAGAUUUCCAGGCUGAAGGAGACUUAAUCAUUGCAGGACUUUUCCCCAUGCACUACAGGGUUGAGCCACCAGACCAGAACUUCACUUACAAACCAGCUGCUCCACAAUGUUGGGGAUUUGACCCCAGAUCUUUCCGCUGGGCCCAGGCGAUGAGGCUGGCUGUUGAGGAGAUCAACCAGAGUCAGAACCUGUUGCCUAAUUUCACUCUGGGAUACAAGAUCUUUGACUCCUGUGCAACACAUGUAGCAGGACAAAGGGCAGCUCUGGCAAUUCUGAAUGGACCAGAUUUAGCUCAGAGUGCUGUGUGUUCUGGCACUGCUCCUGUUUUGGCUGUUGUUGGAGAUUCUGGGUCUUCUCAGUCCAUUGUUGUCUCCAGAACUUUGCAGCCCUUCAGAAUUCCAAUGAUCAGUUAUUUUUCAACUUGUUCCUGCCUUAGCAACAGGAAAGAAUUCCCAACAUUUUUUAGAGUAAUUCCUAAUGAUGACUACCAGGUGAAAGCCAUUGCAAGCCUCCUGCUGCGAUUUGGUUGGACAUGGGUUGGUGUUGUCACUGAAGAUGAUGAUUAUGGGAGAUUUGCUGUACAGGGCCUGUUGGAAGAAGUGAAAAACUCUGGUGUGUGUUUCGCCUAUCAGAAAAUGAUCCCCAAAGUGUACAGUCGUGAAGGGAUCCUUGAAAUCCUUGACGUGAUGAAGCACUCCACUGCAAGAGUGGUUAUCAGCUUUGCGAAAGAAGGAGAGCUCUAUCCCUUUUUUAAAGAGUACAUGGAUCAGAACAUCACAGGGAUACAAUGGAUUGCCUGUACAGCCUGGGUAACAGCCUCAGUGUUCACAGGCAGUGAGUUCUACCCAUUUCUAGGAGGUUCUAUUGGUUUUGCGGUCAGGCAGGGGCAAAUUCCAGGUCUUAGAGACUAUCUGGUGAGUGUAAACCCAUUGACAUACCCCAGUAACCACCUGGUUCACAAGCUGUGGGGUGCUUUGUAUGGUUGCACUCUCUACCCCUCCAGCAGCAGGGUCCAAGCUUCCUCCAAGCUGCCCCCCUGUUCAGGGCUGGAGCCCCUGAAGGAGCAGCACUCUGCCUACCUGAACACCUCCAGCCCUCGUGUUGCCUACAAUGUGUACAAAGCUGUGUACGCCAUAGCCCACUCCCUGCACAACCUCAUCAGCUGUAAGCCUGGGAGAGGGCCCUUCCACAACUCCUCAUGUGCUGAUGCCACAAACAUUCAACCAUGGCAGGUUCAGCAGUAUCUUCAAGAUGUUGUCUUCACUAUUUCUGGAGAAGAAGUAGAUUUUGAUGCACAUGGUGAUUCAAUUCCUUCAUGUGAUCUGAUCAACUGGCAAAGAGGAGUAACUGGAAAUAUUGAGUUUGUCAAUGUGGGUCUGUAUGAUGGUGCUAAGGAUAUUGGGAAUGAGCUGCUAAUCAAAGAGGAGGUGAUCAUGUGGACUGGCCAUCAGACUAAGGUGUUGGUGUCUGUCUGCAGUGAAAGCUGUGCUCCAGGAAGCAGGAUGGCUGUGCGUCGUGGGGCGCCUGUGUGCUGCUUUGAUUGUGUUCCAUGUGACGACGGCAAGAUCAGCAAUGAGAAUGAUUCAGUAGAUUGCACAUCUUGUCCUGAGGAUUACUGGUCCAAUGCAGCCAGAACUGAAUGCAUACCCAAAGGGAUUGAGUACCUCUCCUACGAUGCAAUGGGACUGACCCUGACUGUGAUUGCUGUACUAGGAGCCUGCCUGACUGUUGCUGUUCUGGGAGUUUUCCUCUACCACAGGAACACUCCGAUUGUCAAAGUCAACAACUCAGAGCUGAGCUUCUUCAUCCUGCUCUCUCUGACUCUGUGCUUCCUGUGUGCGCUGGUGUUCAUCGGAGAGCCUACAUCAUGGUCCUGCAUGCUGCGCCAUACUGCCUUCAGCAUUACUUUCUCACUCUGCAUCUCCUGUAUCCUGGGGAAGACUCUGGUGGUGCUGGCUGCCUUUACAGCCACCAGGCCUGGAAACAACAUCAUGAAAUGGCUGGGGCCCAAACAGCAGAGAUUUAUCAUAUCUGUCUGUACCUUUAUACAAGUGAUAAUCUGUGCAGUGUGGCUGAUCACUGCUCCUCCUUUCCCAAAUAAAAACACUCAGUAUGACCGGUCCAGAAUAAUCCUGGAGUGUAGUGUUGGUUCUGAACAGGCCUUCUGGUGUGUUUUGGGAUACAUUGGGUUCCUGGCUGCUCUCUGUUUUAUUCUGGCUUUUCUGGCCAGGACGCUUCCAGGUAAUUUUAAUGAGGCCAAAUACAUCACCUUCAGCAUGCUGAUUUUCUGUGCAGUGUGGCUCGCCUUUAUACCAGCUUAUGUCAGCUCACCUGGAAAGUUCACGGUAGCUGUGGAGAUAUUUGCAAUUCUAGCAUCAAGUUUUGGGUUACUGCUGUGCUUAUUUGCUCAAAAAUGUUACAUCAUUAUACUGAAACCACAGAAAAAUACCAAACAACAUCUGAUGGGAAAAGUUACCAAAUAA